AAAAACCUACUAGAUUUCUACCUUAAUCUGAGACCUCCAUACCGUCUUAUCUAAUGUCAUUAAUGAUUAAGAUUUAAGUAUUAGUCACUGAAAAUUUAAUGUACUUUGCCUUUGCCCACUGAGAUUCAAUUGCUAUUGAGACUCUUUUUUUUUUUUUUUGGUUUGGCUUUGAACAAGAAGCCAAAUUUAAAAAACUCUCUGCAUAUAACCGAUGCUUCAACACUUGUCUGAAAAACUCCAAUAUAUCUUUGUAUUUAUUCAUUAUCUCUUCUUUAUAUACCUUUCUUCAUAUUACUGUUUUCCUCAAAGUUUACACCCAAACCAUUAACUAAGCUAGCUUUGUUCACCGGUUUCUUGAUUUUCCGGCGAACCAAUGAUGUCUCAAGAAGCUAUAGUUCAGGCCAACAAACAAGUGUAUCCUCCACCAAUGGCUUCACAUGAGAAGAUUGUGAAUGACCCAAAUCUAUUCAAGGAAUGUCUCAAGAAUUUUCACUCUGUUAUGGGCUCAAAGUACACGGUUCCUGUGAUUGGAGGAAAGGAUCUUGAUUUGUAUGUUCUCUAUGUAGAGGUGACAAAAAGGGGUGGCUUUGACAAGGUUGUGACAGACAAGAAAUGGAGAGAAGUGAGUUCAGUAUUCAAGUUUUCUCCAACCACAACAAGUGCUUCAUAUGCAUUGAGGAAACAUUAUUUCACUUUGCUUCAUCAGUUUGAACAAGUUUACUUCUUUAGACAUGAAGUUCCCUUGAUUGAUAAAUCUCCAGGGUCAAUGUGUUUCCAAGCUGAAGGGACAAUUGAUGCCAAAUUUGACUGUGGUUAUUUGGUGUCCAUCAAAAUGGGAUCUGAAGUUCUCAAUGGAGUACUUUACCAUCCACAACAACCAGCUUCAUCAUCUUCUUCCAAAUUACCUGCACAAACGUGCAAUGCGAUUGUACCUUACAAUUCACCACCUCACCACCAUUCAGGACGGAGGAACAGGAGGAGGAAGGGAGGAGACCCUAACCGCCCAAAGCCUAAUAGGAGUGGAUACAACUUCUAUUUUGCUGAAAAACAUGCCAUGCUCAAAUCUCUUUAUCCAAAUAAAGAGAGGGAAUUCACUAAGAUGAUUGGAGAAUCUUGGAACAAUCUAUCUCCUGAAGAAAAAACUGUGUAUCAAAACAUUGGUGUGAAAGACAAGGAAAGGUACCAGAAGGAAUUGAAGGAGUACAAGGAAAGAUUGAUGACCACAUCUGGCUACUAAAGGUGACUGACUGGCAGAAGAAAGGAGCAGGGUAUAUGGCUCAUUUUGCUUAAUAUCAACAUGUAAAUUUUACAUUGUACUAAUCUAGUUCCAAAACUGUGGCUUUUUCGUGGAU